AUGUCGCAAAAACCCCGCAAGCUCCAACGCGUCUCCAAGGCCUGUCAGUCCCCCGCUAGAAACAGCUCACUCACACUUGCAUUCACAGGCGACUUCUGCAAUAGGCGCAGCAUCAAGUGCGGCAGAUGUGAAGAUCCGCUAGGCAGAUGUCAGAAUUGUGCGGACUUUGAUGUUCCAUGCACCUUUGAUCGUCCGGCGAAACGCCGGGGCGUCAAGGCUGGCACCAGGGCUACACCUGCGCGAGAGACGUUGGUGAACACGACUGGCGUUGAGAAUGUUCCCCCUGCAACGCAUGCUGCACCGGUCAUGGGGAGGACAUCUAAUUCCUCCGCUUCUAGAAGCUCAUAUUAUGCUGAGUCAACCCACCGCCCCUCGUUGACUGGAGAUCCAUGGUCUACCUUUCAUGCUGCCGGCGUGGCAACGGAAGGGUAUGAUGAUGAUGGCGCAUUGCGAAACUCUUGGAAUGCAUUUGCCAUUGCGAGUGAUUGCCAAAUUCGCAAUCUUGUGCAGGUGUAUUUCGAGAUUGUCUAUCCAAUCUUCCCGCUUUUCCACAAGCAAUCUUUCAUCGAGAGAGUAAAUAAUCAAGAGCAUCUCCGGAACCCGGGGCUGUUUGCUUCAACCAUGGCAGUUUGCGCCUUGGUUUCCGGGCGCGCACGAGACGGCGCGCUGUUCACUAAUAGAUGGCAUCGGGAUGAACUUACAGAAACUCCAUCUGAAGCAUUUUAUGCUGCUGCCAAGGACUCGAUUCCCCGAGAUCUUGCCGCAGCGAAGGGAAUAAACUAUAUGCGUGCAUGCGCUAUCCUCGCAAUCGCCAGUAUCCAGAAUGGCCAGAUCAAAAACAUGCAGAAGUACUCCGGCAUGUACCAUACUUUAACUAGCAUGGAAGGCCUUCAUGAUGAGAAACUCUGGCCGAAGCAUUUGAGUCCUAUCGAAAUAGAGGAGCGUCGAAGACUGUUUUGGUCUAUCUAUACGUUGGAUAUAUAUUCCACCAUUGUGUGGGGAGGCGUGAUUCGCUAUCGUGAAGCGCAUUCUUUGGUCAGAUAUCCGAGUGAAGUCGAUGAUGAGUUUAUCACUGCACAUGGCUACGGCCUGCCGCCCUUCUCUCCAGAAUCGGGGGUGGUCAGCCCAGGUAAUGUGACAGUCGUGUCACGGCAGCCCGUAGCAUGGCUCCGGGGCUGGAACUUCACCACAGAUCUGUAUCGGAUUCUGGAAUACGUCGUUGAUGGUAAUCGGCGUCGCUUUUCGUCAGCCAACGGAACUUCACAAGUAUGGUCUCUGUUCGCCCCGGCAUCCAUGUCAGAACCAGCAGUUAUGGAGCGAGUAUUAUCCAUGUACGCCGCAUUGCCAUCACAAUUCAAAGAAACUCCGCCCACAACAGGCGAUAUGGCCAAGGAUCUGUUCGGGUUCCAGUCUGCGAAUAUCCAGGCAACGCUGCAGCUCCUCCGGAUGGUACUCUUGUCAGCGGAGGAGCUUGGCGUAGACCGGAAAUGUGAUGUGGCUGGAGAACUUCUCAGCGUAUUCAGCAAAGUACCAGUGGAGUACUUGAAUGCCAUCAGCUCUCCUUUACUCCACCAUCUUGGUGGAAUCGGUUAUAUCCUCGGCUCUGUAAUGGAAGGAAGUUUAUCAGAAGCAUCCUAUCAGCGAGUCCGCACCCUACUACUCGAAAUGGCCGAUCUCCUCGGCCGCCUCGAAACAGGUCUCCAGCGCGCCUCAGGCGCUAGUGCACGACUACGGUCGCAGGUAGAUCGCAUCGACGGGUACAUGCGGACAUCCCGGCUGGUGAACCCCAUAGUCACACAACCACCCAUGCAUCCACCGCUCCAUCAUAAUACUAUGCCCGUCGAGGUCAAACCCGAGCUGCCUAUGCCUUCCGCGCCAUACAUUCCUCGCAGUGGGCCUGGUCCGGCAGUUGGCCCGCCCACAGGGAUGGGCGAGCCAAUGAUGCAGUUCCAGCUCCCGCCGGAGUUGUUAUCGGAUUGGCCGUGGCCAUUGGAUAAUGCCCAUUCGGAAGGUUUCCUGCCGCUGGCCUUUGAAUGA